AAGUCCCUCAACACAAUUUCCCAUAUAUAUAAAUCUCAAAAUCUUUCCUCUAUUCUCUCCAUAAUAAUAACUCCAACUAAUGGCAAAAACUCCAGAAAAAAACUCACCCCAAAAAAUGGCAGCAUCAAACAAAACUCACAUAUGGGAUUGUGGAAGUUCACUCUACGACUCAUUCGAAUUAAAAUCAUUCGAACGCCAACUCGAUUCAGCCAUAGCUUCUAGAAGUCUCUCUAUGCCUCAUUUACCCGAUCGUCAUAUUCUUAUUCCAUCUUCUAACUCGCAACAACAACAACAACAAACUCAAUCCAUUUCCAAAAAGAGUUCAAAAAUCUCUAGAUCUUUCCAAAAACUUCUGAAAUCCUUGUUCAGACAAAAGCAGAACAAUAGUCCGCUUUUUUCGGGACAUAAACAGUCAAUUGGAGAUGGAUUUUACGUUGUUUAUGAUAAAUCUGGUGCACUUACGACGAUUCCCGAAGGUCCUGAAUAUGAUAAUCUUUCGCCAGAAAUUAAGUCGUUGGUUAGAAGAACGGGUUCUGAACGAUUUACGGCGGCUUCUAUUGGUAUUUCAUGUGCUUAAUAUAGAUAUUAGUAUUAAUUAAUUGUAGUAGUUAGAAACUAAUGACUAAUAUGUAUAGGGUGGUUAAUUAAGUUCAGCAGUGCAAUAAUACGUUUCUGCUUUUGGAAUAUUGUUGUUGCUAGUUUUAAAACUCAAUUUUGAAGUUUCAAUGGCGUAUACAAUGUAGUACUUCUAUGUGACAUCAUGAUUCCAAGAAUAUUGGUUGAUCAUUUUGGUACGA